GGCUCGCCGCUCAGAGGAGGUGGAUGAGCGGGGGAGAGCGGAACGGAGCCGUCGUGCAGCGGGACAGCGGGGGAUCAGGCUACCAGUCUACUCGAGCACACGCCGCCGCGUCCGUCUCAUGCCACAAUGGUACCGGGCAGCACUGCUACUGCUGCUCCUCAUCCUCCGCCCGGCCGGCGCCGAGCACACUCAUGACGUCACUGGAUCGCCGGCCGGUGACGUCACAAUCAGCCGGCAGUACUGCGUGGUGGGCGCCGGUCCGGCAGGCCUGCAGAUGGGACUGUUCCUGAAGGAGGCCGGCAGGGACUAUGUGCUGCUGGAGAGAAACGAUGCUCCUGGCUCGUUUUUCGAGCGCUACCCGCGGCACCGGACUCUGAUCAGCAUCAACAAGCGCCACACGGGGAAGGUGAACCGUGAAUUUAACGAGCGGCACGACUGGAACUCACUGCUCACCGACGACCCGGCGCUGCAGUUCGGACGAUUCUCCGCCGACUUCUUCCCGCAGGCUGAUGCUAUGGUGCAGUACCUGCGAGAAUUUCAGCGGAGAUCCAACAUCACCGUACAUUUCGGUGUGAACGUCACAAGAAUCGAGAGGAGACAGCGGCUUCGGCCGUUCAUACUGCACACAUCCUCUGCUCUGCAGUAUAGAUGCAGUUACGUUAUUGUUGCCACGGGCAUGUGGCAGGUGAACAAACCGCCAAUUGGAGGCCAGGAGCUGAUACAACACUAUGAUGACGUGCCCGUGAACACCGAGCGAUUCAGGGGCAAGAAUGUGCUGAUUUUGGGCAGAGGUAAUGCUGCGUUUGAGACAGCAUCGAACAUAUCUGGCCACACCAAUCUGAUUCAUAUGGUGGCCAGGAACCGGGCCCGUUUGGCCUGGAGCACCCACUACGUCGGGGAUCUCAGAGCAAUCAACAACAAUCUCCUGGACACCUAUCAGCUGAAAUCGCUCGAUGGGCUACUAGAGACGGAUCUUCAGGAGAUCCGUCUGGUGCGCCAUAAAGGCCGCAUCCACGUGCGGCCGGCAGACGGCGGCGGCGCCGCGCCACGACCACCGCAAACGCGCACCGUUCACCGCACCUUCGUGACGUCACUGAACGCCACGGCGAAUGAAGAGGGCAGCUGCGGUUCCCGGUGGGGUUUCUGCUCUCUGAGGCCGGAGGAAGAGGUGCCGGAGUCAGAGCAGGGAGAGAGGGCUGCUGCUGAGGAGCGAGGAGAGAGGGACACUCCUGAGGAGGAGCAGCAGGGGAGGAGCGCUCCUGAGCCGCAGGAGGUUCAGGACAACUUCUCCAUGAGGGAUGGAUACGAUGAAGUUAUCGGGUGCCUUGGAUUCAAAUUUGAUUUUUCUAUUUUUGAUAGCUCGACGGACCCGGGCGCGCCGGGAGCGUACCCCAAGUUUCCGUCGGUGAAGUCGGAUUGGGGCUCGCCCACCACGCCGGGCCUGUAUUUCGCCGGUGUCGCCAGCCACGCGCUUGACUUCCGGCGCUCGGCCGGUGGCUUUGUACACGGCUUCCGAUACACAGCCCGGGCAUUGCACCGGAUCCUCGAGUGGCGGAACCACCGGUCCGCCUGGCCUGCCACCUCGUGGCCGCUGAGCGAACUACUGAAUGUUAUGGUGCGGCGCCUCAACACGGCUGCCGGACCGUAUCAGAUGUUCUCCGUGCUGUGUGAUAUUAUCGUCUUCCAAAGUGGUCGUGAGGGGUUCCUGCUGGUCCCAGAGUUUCCGGUGGCGAUGCUACAUCGUUUCACGGAGACCACCGGCCACAGGGCCGACCAGCUGCUAGUCAUGUCGCUCGAGUAUGGGGAGGAGUUCAGCGGUCCGGAUCAGGACACGUUCCGGUGGGACCGAGCCAUCUCCGAUCCUCUGCACGCCGAGAAGUCCAACUUCCUUCACCCCGUGGUGUACUUCUACCAGCACCCACCCAGUGAGUCGGCGAUGCUGCUGCGUCCAUCGGGCCGGUCACUCCCAGCGGCCAGCCGGGUCCACCACAUUCUGGAGGACUUCCUCACCGACUGGACAGCACCCACCAGCCACCUCCUGCCGCUGAGGAGAUUCCUAGAGGCGUGUCUACACCGCGACCUGCGCCACUAUAGCCGCAGCAGCUGCCUGCGCCACGCGCUCACCAACCGGCAGCGGCCGCUGUUCUGCAGUUAACCGCUGCCGCCGAUACAGCAGUGUUGUUCGCUCCCCCUGUGGUUGGAAUGGCACCUACGGGACCGCCGAGCUACAGAAGGAAGGCACAACAGCCCCACCGCUCCCUUGUGGCACGUUCGAGCGGGGUGACCAAACGACGCGCAAUCCACCGAUGCAAAUUGUGUCUGGAGAUGAAUAUGAAAGCGAGAGGAAACGCGUCUGGCUUCAGUCUCGACUAAUGCCGACUGCCGAGUCCCUUGUAUGUCUACAGCUAAUAAUUACCUAUUCCUUCUUUUGGAGCCAGUUGUUGGUUUGCUCUUGAUUCACGUCCGACGCUCGCAAAUGGGAAAGAAUCUAUGGCUAGGACAUCCUGCCUGUCCCUCAACCUUCCAACUCACUGUGGGAAGGAAUGACAACCAAAAACGCCCAAAAAGAAUACCCUAUCACAGCAGAGUUGGCUCAGGUCCCCACCCACUCGCGAUCAUGAGGUGUCCCUCUCGUAUGUUUGCUGGCAGCGGUGUCAAAAUGUUAUUGGGCAUUUUGUGCUAUGUGAAGCGGUUGCGGCUGCAUUUACUUAUGUCGACUAUUUUUGGGAACAGUCAGUUAUGCUUGUGUUGUUUUUGGAAUGGCUGCAGCUAUUUGCAUGACCUGACGUUUAUGUGAGCUUAUUUUUAUAGCAAAAUAUAUAACGUAAAGCGCA